GAAUAAAUCUUCUUUUCAAUUCUAUUUUUGUAACAAUUCUUUGUCCCAAAUUCGAACAUAAAACUUCCACUACCCUGCGGCAAAAGGGGGUCCAAUCCGAUCCCCUUUGAUUUUCUCCUCUAUAUUUCUCCCCUCUCCGGCCGCCCCUUCUUCCCCCCUCGAGUUUUCUGAGGCUAACGCUUUUGGGGUUCAUUAAUUUGGCUCUGUUCUUCGCAGAUCCACCAUUUCUACAGCCCCUAAUCUCAGGACAGAGAGGGGAAGUUAGGCGCGAGGGUUGGGUGGAAAAGGGGUCGGAUCUAAUUCCAAGGGCUUAGCUAUGUCUUUCACUGGCACACUAAUAAAGUGCAAGGCCUGUGAGAAGACUGUCUACCCUGUGGAGCAGCUCUCUGCCGAUGGAGUUAUCUAUCAUAAGUCUUGCUUCAAAUGCACCCAUUGCAAAGGAACUCUAAAGCUGAGCAAUUAUUCUUCAAUGGAAGGUGUUCUGUACUGCAAGCCUCAUUUCGAGCAGCUCUUCAAAGAGACAGGAAACUUCAACAAGAACUUCCAAUCACCUGCAAAGUCAGCCGACAAGUUAACCCCAGAGCUGACUAGAUCACCUAGCAAAGCUGCUGGCAUGUUUUCUGGGACUCAAGACAAAUGUACUACUUGUGGUAAAACUGUUUAUCCACUGGAGAAGGUAACAGUUGAAAGCCAAUGCUUUCACAAGUGCUGUUUCAAGUGCUCUCAUGGAGGGUGUGCUAUAUCCCCAUCAAAUUAUGCAGCUCUAGAGGGUAUUCUAUAUUGCAAACACCACUUCUCCCAGCUUUUCAAGGAAAAGGGAAGCUACAACCACCUGAUCAAGUCUGCAUCCAUGAAGCGUACCGCUGCCUCCGUUCCCGAAGCUUGAAGUUCUAAUCCUUGCAUCAUCAUUAUUCACGGUUUCGGGCCUAACUCUCUAUAUACCUAAUGUGUUUAACUUAAAAAUUUAUGGUUUUGAGAUGGGAAGAGGGAAAGGAAAAAUUUAUAUAUAUAUAUUUACCAUCAUUUCGGCUUGUGUGUUUGUUUGGGCCAAACUGUUGCUUUUGAUCGAUAUUUGAGGUGGAAACUUUAUAUAUGGUUUACAGAACUUGCAUAUUCACAUGUUGAGCAUUAUGCAUUCUGUUUCCUUGCAUUAAAAAACCUUA